UAAUUGUGGGUCUAAAAAUUUCACCAGAAAGAAGAAAUAUUAAAAUGCAAUAUGAACAAAUUGAAGGUACUACGAAAGCCUCUCAAAUGAAGCUAACCCAGAAGUGAAUUUUAGCAAUGAAAAGAUGAAACAAAACUUGAAAGUAAUCGGUGAACACACCAAUCAUAUCUUCAAGCAAAACACCCAGAUUACCCAGUUGGGAAAAUCUGGUCAAAUCCAUGAAGCCGUCAAACUUUUCUCCGAAAUGACCCGUAAGAACACUGUAACAUACAACUCCAUGAUUUCUGCCUUAAAUAAAAACGGCAAAUUCAACGAUGCACGUCACCUGUUCGACAACAUGCCCCGUAGAAACCUAGUUUCUUGGAAUACAAUGAUUGCAGGGUAUUUACACUCCGAUAGAAUUGAUGAAGCUUAUCGACUGUUCGUUAAAAUGCCUAAAAGAGACAGAUUCUCUUGGACUCUGAUGAUAUCUUAUUUUACACGUAAAGGGGAGCUUGAAAAGGCUAGAGAACUGUUUGACUUAUUUCCUCACAAGCGUGAUGUGGCUUUUUGGAACGUUAUGAUUCGAGGGUAUGGUGAGAAAGGAAGGAUUGUUGAAGCUAGGAGAUUGUUCGACGAAAUGCCACUUAGGGUUGUUGUUUCGUGGAAUUUGAUGUUAUCCUGUUAUACCCGGAAUGGCGAAAUGCGUUUGGGGAGGGAGUUUUUUGAAGGAAUGGCGCUAAGGGAUGUUGUUUCAUGGAAUUUGAUGGUCGAUGGGUUUAUUGAGGUUGGUGAUUUGGAUUCUGCUUGGGAGUAUUUUGAGAAGACUCCAUAUCCGAAUGUUGUUUCUUGGGUUACAAUGUUAUGUGGGCUUGCACGAAGUGGUAAGAUAUUGGAGGCAAGGAGAUUGUUUGAUCAGAUGCAGAAUAAGAAUGUUGUUUCUUGGAAUGCUAUGAUUAGUGCUUAUGUGAAGGAUUACCAAAUUGAGGAGGCUGCCAGGUUGUUCAGUGACAUGGCAAACAGGGAUUCAUUUUCAUGGACCACAAUGAUUGAUGGUUAUGUUCAUGUUGGCCGGCUUGAUAAGGCAAGGGAAUUACUGAAUCAAAUGCCUUACAAGGAUAUUGCGGCGCAAACUGCAAUGCUUUCUGGAUACAUUAAGAAUAAAAGAAUGGAUGAAGCUUGUCAGGUUUUUAAUGAGAUAGCUGCUAGAGAUAUUGUUUGUUGGAACACAAUGAUUGUAGGGUAUUCACAGAUGGGAAGAAUGGAUAAGGCUCUCGAUCUAUUCAAGGAGAUGAAAGAUAAAGAUUUAGUCACUUGGAACACCAUGAUCAUUGGUUAUGCUCAAAUCGGAGAAAUGGAAGAAGCGGUUAAGAUAUUCAAUGGAAUGAAGAUAAAGAAUGUAGUCUCUUGGAAUUCAUUGAUAACAGGUUUCUUGCAGAAUGGCUUAUCAAUGGAUGCAUUGACUAGUUUCAAACUGAUGGUUCAUGAAGGAAUAACACCUGAUCAUUCAACUUUUGCAUGUAGUCUAAGUGCAUGUGCCAAUCUUGCAGCUUUGCAAGUUGGAAAGCAGAUGCACAAUAAGGUUUUGAAGAGUGGUCAUUUAAAUGAUCUGUUUGUAGGGAAUGCGUUGAUCACCAUGUAUGCUAAAUGUGGACGCAUCUUGUGUGCUCAACUCAUAUUCGAUGAUCUUGAUGAAGUUGAUGUUAUUUCUUGGAAUUCUCUGAUUACUGGGUAUGCGUUAAAUGGCUAUGGAAAACAAGCCGUUCAACUCUUUGAACAAAUGGUGUCAAAAGGUGUGCAACCCGAUCAUGUCACCUUCAUUGGGGUUUUAUCUGGUUGUAGUCACAUUGGCCUUGUUGACCAGGGCUUAAAAUUGUUUAAACACAUGACAGAAAUUUACUCUAUAGAACCUAUGGUUGAACAUUAUGCUUGCAUUGUUGAUAUGUUAGGCCGUGCUGGGAUGUUAUCUGAAGCCUUUGAAGUGGUGAGGGGAUUGAAGAUCAGGGCAAAUGCCGGAAUAUGGGGUGCACUGUUGGCUGCUUGCAAGACUCGUGGGAAUUUGAAGCUUGGCAAGAUUGCUGCAGAGCAGCUUUCAGAAUUUGAACCUCGAAAAACAUCAAACUUUGUGUUGUUGGCAAACAUGCAAGCUGAGGCUGGUAGUUGGGAUGAGGUCGAAAACACAAGGCUAUCAAUGAAAUACACUGAAGCGGAGAAGCAACCAGGGUGCAGCUGGAUUGAAGUUAGACAUCAGUUACAUUGUUUCCAGUCCAAUAUGCCAAUGCAGCCGGAGACUGCAGAGGUUUACAGCAACUUAAAAACGUUAACCUCACAGAUAAGUAACCUAGAUUGCGUUUCUAAAUCGUCUCUGCUUGAUAAUUUAUGAUGAAUGGCUUCUUAAUUUAUUAUUAUUAUUAUUAUAGGUAAAUUCUUUUUCCUUCUGUUA